AUGAGUUUCCAACCUAAUCCCAAGGACUCGAUGAAGUCCACUUGGCGUCGUCUGGAUCGCGGCGAGUGGACCUUCUCUCAUUGGUUCUACGAAAUCCUCGGCAUUCACCCCUCCGUAUUAGAUAAGGAUGUGCCUGUUCAUCCUAAGGAGGACAAGGUACCAUGGGUGCCCGAGUGGCAUAUGCACCGCUGGGUGCUUGUUCAUUCCUUUAUUCCGCUCGCUAUUCACCAUGUUUAUACCGCCUAUACCGGGAACAACCUCAGUCCUUUCGCCGCUUUCGUUUUCUACAGUGUCGCCUUCAAGGCCAUCGCCAUUCACGAACUCCAAAUGCUUCGCCGUCUGGGUCACGUCCUCGGAUUCUUAGACGGUGACCAGCACGAACGCGAUGGCGUGCCCGACGUGGGUGUGGCCAAAGUGGCUCAGUCGCUCAUUUCGACAUCGACUUUCCGGCCUAUCUUCACCGUGUUCCUCAGCUACCGCAGCCAUCUAGCCCCGGACUCGAUGAACUGGGCAUGGCUUCCUUUGGAAGCAGGCCUCUACGGCAUUAUCCUUGACUUCUGGUUCUAUUGGUAUCACCGCCUGAUGCACGAGAUCGGCGGUCUCUGGAAGUACCACCGCACGCACCACCUCACCAAACACCCCAACCCGCUGUUGACCCUCUACGCCGACACUGAGCAAGAGUUCUUCGACAUCGCCGGUAUUCCUCUGCUCACAUACUUCAGCAUGAAGUUGAUGGGCAUGCCCAUGGGAUUCUACGAGUGGUGGAUCUGCCAUCAGUACGUGAUGUUCGCCGAACUGGCUGGUCACAGCGGGCUGCGUCUUCUCGCCGUGCCCCCUAACACGCUAUCCUGGGCGCUGCGACUCUUCAACGCCGAACUGAUCAUUGAAGACCAUGAUCUGCACCACCGACGCGGAUGGAAGAAGAGUGCCAACUACGGAAAGCAGACGCGCCUUUGGGACCGGAUCUUUGGCACCUGCGGGCCUCGGGUGGAGUGCUAUGAGGAUAACAUCGACCUGGACAACCGUGUGUCUAUGCCUCUCAUUUGA